UGUUCGUUAGGGCGUUCUUUUCCUAUGACGUCAGUAGCUACCACGGCAGCGGCAGUGCCAGGAAUAAAGUAGCGAAGAAGGAAAACGGAGUGGAAGAGAGUAUUUAAAACAGCAAAGGGUCUUAUUGGAUAGGAACUCCACCGCUUAGGUAUGGCUGCUAAAGCAGAUAAGUGAGAUAGGACCUUUUACUUCCAUGUCGACGUUCAACGGAGUAACUACAUUUUAGCAGAAGAAGUUUAACGCUACAGCGGCGCGGAUAGCCUUGCUAGCCAUUAACGUUGUCACCGGGGCUGUAUUCUUCCACCAACACAGCUUUACACAAAAGAAGACAGAAAACAUGGUGUCCUGGAUGAUUUCGCGAAGCGUAGUGCUGUUUUUUGGGACUUUGUAUCCUGCAUACUACUCUUACAAAGCUGUCAAGACCAAAAACGUCAAGGAAUAUGUACGAUGGAUGAUGUACUGGAUUGUGUUUGCCCUCUACACUGUGGUGGAGACCAUCACGGAUCUCACACUAGCAUGGUUUCCCCUCUACUAUGAGCUGAAAAUAGCAUUUGUGAUCUGGCUGCUGUCCCCAUACACAAGAGGAGCCAGUCUCAUUUACAGGAAGUGUCUGCACCCUCUGCUGUCCUCCAGAGAGAGGGAAAUAGAUGACUACAUCGUGCAGGCCAAAGAGAGGAGCUAUGAGACCAUGGUCAACUUUGGCAGGCAGGGACUGAGCAUAGCAGCCACGGCCGCCGUCACUGCAGCCGUCAAGGGCCAGGGCGCCAUCACAGAGAAGCUCCGUAGCCUGAGCAUGCACGACCUCACACAGAUCAGCCAGCAAGGUGAAGGAGAAGGAAACCAACUCUACCAGUACAGCUCCCGCUCAGCCAACCCCGCCACCAGGAGAUCUCAGAGCACUGACGCUGCCGACAAAGAUGACUACUUCUAUGACCAGGAGGAGAGGAGCGACGAGGAGGCUGAGCCCAUCUACUCAGAGGACGAGGCCGUCACUCAGAAAGGACUGAGACGCUCACAGAGUGUCAAGAUCACGCGCUCCAAAGUCCGCCGAGACGCUCGUUACGGAUCCCUGAAGAUUAAAGGCAAGAAGAGACCAGCGCUGGGCUCUGUGAACUACGCAGUGUGAAAAGAAGACCGCACACACACACACACACACACCAGCGUGCUGAUUGGUGGACUUUUCUCUCUGCUGAGAUUUUGCAUCUCUGAUGAUGAGCUUUCUUUUGACAUAUUUAUUACUUCAUUCAUCCAAUGCCAAUGAGGCCACCAGAACCCAUGCUCUGGGAACUUUUAAUGUUUUUUGGGGUCUAAUGGCGUACAUUCUUGCAUUGCCUUGUGAGUGUAUUUUAUUUCUUGUUUUGAUGUUGUACCCCAGCAGUCUUUUAGAUUGUUGAAUCUUUGAGUUCAAUUUUGUACCAGCUUUAUGGUCUUCUAAAGAGUUCAUGGACUUUAAUGGCUUAACAAAUACUCACAGGGGGGUUGCUUUGUAGCUUUUUCAUUUGCCGUGAACCCUCACGAUAGCUUCACCCAGGUUUCUGCAUCUAAAACUCUUGUUGAUUAUCACACAGUGUCAUUUUUAUAUUGGCCAUUUGGGAGGUUGACAACAAGCUUAAAUGCUCUUUGUUUUUAUAUAUACCAUGGUAUUAAACUAGCUACCGAGAAUUGUGGAAGUUCCCUUUAAUUGGUAGCGCCUUGGUCAUGUUGGCCAACUGGGUCUAAUCAUUGUUGUGGCUCACAGCUGUACUGCUGUGCUCCACUGUCACCGCUCAGCUGUUUCCAGCUGCUAGCCGCCGUGCAAGAUCAACAUUGGACUUUAGCUCCCUUUUUUUCCGUUACUGCAAACAUGAUGCAGAGACCAACAUAUGUUUUUACCUCGCAAUCCAACAGUUUUAGUAUUAAUGGAUCCAGAGUCAUUUUUAUUUCUUAGUUUUGUUGCUUCCGCUUCCUUUUUUGUAUUUUAAUAGAGAGCUUGUUCCUAGUUAGUGUAUGUACUAAUCUAACUAGUCACCAUCCCCUGCCAUGUGGGGUGGGGGGGGCUCUGACCUAAACUUUAGGAUUCGUAAGGAUUCUGAAACCUGACCACCAGCAGAAGAGCUGUCAGAGGGGAAGACCCCAUGAACACCAACGACGGGAACCAAAGGGAAGAGAAAACCAAACAAAUGGAACAAAGUGAUUCUUCCGGGUUUCUCUAUGCAAAAUUCCAGCCUUUAUGAAGGCCCACUACUCGUGUGUUUAUGGCUGUGUCCUGAUCACACACCUUUUAGUAUCAGGGAGGAUUUGUUUUAGCUGUUUGAAUUUCAUUUGUGUGUGUGUGUGUGUGUGUGUUACCUUUGACUCAAGUCUUGAGUCCUCUGGAUGUUAACCACCUGUUUUUGCACAUUUACUCUUUUGGUUUUAUCAAUGCUGUCGCUUAUCAUCUCAUGAUCUAAUGUACCUGCUGUGGGAGGAUGCAGCACACGAUGAGCUUCUCCACUCGUCACAACGGAGGCUAAAUACUAACAUUGUGAAGUUUGGCUGGUUCUGGUCUGCUGUUAAUGCGUUGAAUGUGUCGCUCCUGAUCCCGCUGCAGUCUGUCCAGCGGAGUAGAAUGCUUUGGCUGAGCCAGAGGUAUUCCUAGAGAGCAUGAACCCGAGGAGGAACAAGCUGGAUCCAAAGUGGUCUCUGAGUUUGUAGUAUCGAUUUCACUUGGGCUCACAUCUAGUGACAAUCCACUACUCUGCAUUUUUAUGAGGGAACCUCCUCAAGGCCCCCUGGUUGGUGGAAGCGAAUGGAUGUACUGCUGAGUGAUCUGGAGAACACAAAGAACCAGCCAGAGUUCCUCAUGUCACGACUCCACUAAAUAUUGAUACCAAAGCGUUAUGUACUCCCUGCUGUGUGGAUUAUUUGUUUUUAUUGUAUCUGUGGGUAAAAUGCCUGGUGUGUGGAUUGUAAAAUGGAAUGAGAUAAAUAACUUUUUCAUUGCUGUUUUGUCUAUUCCAAUCAUGAUUUAUGCUUCUUUAAAAGAAUUUAUAUAAAUAACCUUCUUAAAUGGUCGCUCCUUAAGAAUUGUUUUUCCAUAAACCUUGAGUAACUUU